AUGGGGGAGGUGGCACAGCCGGUCCUGCCCGCGCCGGGGGUUCGCACCGCCCCCCCCGGUCCCGGGCUGCGCCGGAGGAGCCCGCCCGCCCUUCCGGGGCCGGGCCGGAGCCAGCCCGCACCGCGGGGGGGGCCCCGAGCGGCCCCCGCGCUCGGCUCGGGAAGGGCAUGGCGGGACCCGCAGCCCCGGGGCGGCGAAGACGCCCCUUCCCAUCCCCCGCGGCAGCCCCGACCCCGGGGGCCUCAAACCACACCCGGGGGUGACACUGGGGCAGAGACCUCUGUGUUCCCCGCCAGCGCCGCCCCGCGGCGAGACCCCCUGUCCCGGUACCAGGACCGGGCGCAGACGCGCCCCGGGGCUCAUCGACUCCGCCCGCACCGGGCAGGCGCCGCGGCUUCGUGUUGGGUGCGAAGCCGGCACCGUCCACCGGCGGGGAGGGCGAGGGAGCGCGGAGCCCCGACACAGCCCAGCCCGCCCUCCUGCCACCGCCCGGUCUUCGCCCUGAUCGUUUUCUCCUGCCUGGUCGGGGAGGGCUACACCAACUUGCCCAGCUCUUCUGAGCUCUUCUGUAUCUUUAACCACAACGAAGACGCCUGCCGCUACGGCAUCGGUAUUGGUGUCCUCGCCUUCCUCGCGUGCAUCUUCUUCUUCAUGGUGGACAUCUACUUCCCUCAGAUCAGCAACACCACCGACCGCAAGUACCUGGUCCUGGCAGACCUCUGCUUCUCAGGUCUCUGGACGUUCCUGUGGUUCAUUGGCUUUUGUUUCUUGACCAACCAGUGGUCCUGGACCAAGGCCAGCGAUGUGCACAUCGGGGCUGACUCGGCCCGUGCCGCCAUCACAUUCAGCUUCUUUUCCAUCUUCUCCUGGGGCCUCCUGAUCGCCUUCGCUUACAAGAGGUACAAGAUGGGGGUGGAGGACUUCGCUCGCAGCUACAUCGACCCCAGCGCGGAGGUUCCGACUCCGUACUCCAGCUACCCCAACAUCAGCCAUGACAGCUACCAGCAGCCGCCCUUCACCCACACGGCAGAAACCCCGGAGGGUUACCAGCCCCCCCCGGUGUACUGAGCCCCUGCCGCGGCCUGGCAGGGACGGCUGUUGCAGUGCAAUUCUCUGCGGGUGGGGCGGGAGGGACCUGAGACUUGACGGGGGAAGGUGUGCGGGGUGGCGGCUGCUGCGUGUGAAAGCCGCCAGGCUUUGGUGUUGGGGCGCAGGGGGCCCUGGUCCCGGUCCUGCCGCUGGACCCGCAGCCGGGUGCGUGGUGGGUGAUGUGGCUGCUGAGCGCGGCUCCGGGGAGGGUGGGUGUGUGGGGCUGGGCUCCUGCCCCUGGGAGCAGCACGGUGGGUGUUUGCGCCCUCGGCUCUGGCCUAGCUGUGGCCGCUGCCCUGGCCAGUCCUGGCGCCGGUGCCUUUCCAGCCCAGCUGAACCUCCCAAGUGCCAGGCGGUCCCGCUCCUGCCCGCGCCGCUUCCCGCGCCUUCCCCGGCUGCUGCCGGGUGAGCUUGAUGCCAAAGCCCUGUCCUGACUGUGAACUCCCGCGCUGUGCCUUCCCGCAGCCUGCGCUAGAGCUGCUGGUGCUCGGGUGAGGAGGGUUGGGGUCUGCGGGAGCAGCGAGCACUGGGGUCUCAGCACGGCCGGGGCUGCUCCCGGGGUCCCUGCACCCCGCGCUGUCCCCGCGGAAGCGUCGCCGCUGUCCUGUGUCCCGCGGGGGCUGUGCCGCUGGCUCAGGGGGUGUUUGCUGCUGCUGCACCUGUAGUGAAGCUGCUCCCAGCAGCAGCGUGCGGUGUGUGAGCUCUCGCUGCUGGGGCUGCCCUCGAGUUGUUUGUCACUGUAGAGAUGGAAUAAAGUUUUUCACCCGGCCA